CCACACCGUAGUAUGAGUCAUCUUUCGAGUAUUAUGUGAUCAGCCAAGUGCAUGGUAAGAAAUAUGUAGAUGGCUAUUGUAUAAGAGCCACCCAGCGUCCAGUCUCAAGGACGAAGAUCCAACAGUAGCAGCAACCUAGAUCGCAGUCACUCCAGCAUCAUGUCAUCCCAAGCCCAGAACGAUCUCGCAAAGCACUUCCGCUCUCUCCACGUACCCGGCAAUCCACUCGUCUUGACCAAUGUAUGGGACGCCAUCACCGCUUCUUCCAUCGCAGCCCUUCCCCAGACCAAAGCCCUCGCAACAGCAUCCUUCGCCAUCGCUGCAGCCGCCGAUCUUGCUGACGACGAUCUGACUCUCGAAGAGAAUCUCCGCGCCGUCGGAGUAAUCGCCAAAAUCGCAGCUAAGCACAACCUACCCCUAACCGUCGACUUCCAAGAUGGCUUUGGUGAUGAAUUGGAGGAGGGUGUGCGCCAAGUUAUCAAACUGGGAGCCGUAGGCAUCAAUUUGGAGGAUUAUGGACGCAAGGUUGGAGGGCUGUACAGCAUUGGACAGCAAUGCGACAGGAUCAAGAAAGUCAUCGCUGUAGCGGAAGAACAGGGCGUUCCGGACUUCGUAGUCAAUGCGCGCACAGAUGCGCUUUUUGCGGGUCGCGAUGUUGAUGAAGCGAUUGAGCGUGGCAAGGCGUAUCUUGCGACUGGAGCCUACAAUGUAUUCAUCUGGGGUGGGCCGACGAGGCAUGGGUGGAAGAAGGAGGAGGUGGAGAAGGCAAGUAGGGCACUUGGUGGGCGGUUGAACGUUAUCCUUGUCAGAGGGAAGACUGGAGGUUUGAGUGUCAAGGAGAUCGGUGAGCUGGGUGUGGCAAGAAUCAGUAUUGGCCCAGCGUUAAUGAGAUGGAGCAUUGAGCAGAUUGGGCAGGAGGCGGGGAGGAUUCUGGAGGGGAAGGGGGUGGGUGAGGUGUGA